ACUUUAAGGCAGCACGAGAUGACGAUAAAAGUACCUCCCAGUCUCAAACCGCCUACCCAAGAAAACACCGGACAGACCCAGAGGGGUUCGUGCCACAUUGCGGUGAAAACCACUACAAUUUAAAGAGAAGUCGUUCAAGAUAAGGAGGCAAGGGGUGCAGUGUGUGGGAAAGAGCUGAUGACAUGAGGAAAGCCAAAGGAGGCCACUGUGGUUCAUUUGCUAUCUAUUAGCUAAACCUAACCUAACCCUGCUGCCUCCAAUCCCAUCACUUCAAGAGGCACCCUCUGGGUGCCAGAAAACACCAUGUGCCAAAACUGGAGAGAACUUAUCACUGCCCCAUAGACAGCCAAACCUCUUGUGAACCUUCCCCUCUAGUCUGAGGGCCUUCCUAAUUGUCCACAUUGCCCACUGGCCAAGAUGAAGAAGGUGGCAUUAUGGUCAGCAGAAGAUGUCUCGAAAUGGCUGAGCAAAGAGGGAAUGCCCGAGUACAUAGAUGCCCUCUGUCAGAGAGACGGUCCCGCGCUGCUUGGGCUCACUAAGGCAGAUUUCCAGAAGCCUCCCCUCUCGCUGGUGUCAUCUGAUGUUGGGCAGCAGCUGCUGGAACGACUGGAGACACUGCGGAUAGAGACUCAUAUCGAGGAUCACAAAAACGGCCAUGCAAACGGGCAUGCUGGUGGCCUACCUAAUGGAACUAGUAAGCCUCAGAGGAAUGGCACAUUGCGGAUGGAGAUGGUCCACAUCCCCAUCCCCACUAUGGAAAAGACACAUUCCUCAUUCCCAGCUGAGUGGGGGAAGACUGGCAUAGCUUUCAUCUAUGCAGUGGUGUGCUUUGUUACCACCACUGUUGUUAUUUCAGUGGUACAUGAGAGAGUACCACCAAAGGAGCAUACCCCUCCACUUCCUGAUAAGUUCUUUGACCUGUUUGACAGGGUGGAGUGGGCCUUCUCAAUCUGUGAGAUUAAUGGCAUGGUGCUAGUGCUAGUCUGGCUUGUACAGUGGAUUCUUCUCAAGCACAGGUCAAUUAUAGGCAGGCGGUUCUUUUUCAUUGUGGGCACACUCUAUUUGUACCGGUGUAUUACAAUGUACAUCACUACUCUGCCUGUUCCCGGGAUGCACUUCAAAUGCUCUCCAAAGCUUCUUGGGAACUGGGAGGCACAGGCAAGGAGAAUAAUGAAGAUGAUUGCUGGUGGGGGCCUAUCAAUCACAGGUUCCCACACCAUGUGUGGAGAUUAUCUGUAUAGUGGCCACACGGUCAUGUUAACACUAACGUACCUCUUCAUGAAGGAGUAUUCCCCUAAGCGGUUUUGGUGGUACCACUGGAUUUGCUGGACUUUGAGUGCUGUAGGGAUUUUCUGCAUCCUUCUGGCACAUGACCACUACACUGUGGAUGUGGUGGUUGCGUACUUUAUCACUACACGCCUUUUUUGGUGGUACCACACUAUGGCCAACCAGCAGUCACUGAAGGAGACAUCACAGAGUAACCCGUUCUCGCGGGUGUGGUGGUACAAACUGUUUCAGUACUUUGAAGAAAACGUCAACGGCACGGUCCCUCGUAACUAUCAGCUGCCGUUGUCAUUGCGAGCUUUGUGGAACCGUGGAGUGAAGUACAGCAAGCUGGACAUCCAGUGACCCAAGAGGACCCAAGUGCUGUCUUGACUCAUCAAAGUUGGCACAGUUCGAUGUAGCACGCUGUCCACUCACCUCCAGUAACAGACACAUCCCUGUCCGAAUGGGUAGCACUGUGACCCACCUAGUUUUUGUUUUUUUUGUUUUGUUUUUUUGUGUUGUUUUUGUUUUCUCUCACCUUCUUUCUUUUCUGGUCUAUUUGUCAAUGAGCACUAAUUUAUAUUUGUUUUUUGUCUCUUCCUCUUCGUGGGCCACACAAACAGUUUCUGCUUUUGUACCAGAUCUAUGAAGCAUUUCGAUGAACUUCUAAAACUCAAACUGCUUUUUGGCCAUAAGGACUCCGUUACUUUGUUUCUUUCCCUGACUGUAUAAAACCAUAGUUAAUGUCUUCAUGUUCUUAUAAGAUUUUUUAGUGCAAAUGGUAUCCAAAUGGUAACCAAAAUGCCAUAAGCAUUUUUUUCCUCUUUUUUUUUUUUUAUAGCAGAUUACUUUUUUGUAAACUGUCCUUGCUAAAACGAGUCAAAGGUGCAAAAAAUAAUUUUUUAAGUAUGUCAAACUUUAUUUUUCAAAAACAAAUGAUGUCCAAGAAAAGAUUUUUAGAUUUUUACCUUUUUCAAGAUGGAUAACAGAGCAUAAGAAUCUAAUGUGGUAUAACAUUAUUCCAGUGCCUUUCUUAGCUUGAUUGUAAAACAGUUCAAGUACCGUGUGUCUUGUCUCCCUCUGCUGCGGCCGUGACAACGCAGUACGAGGUGGUACUUAGUUAAGUCUCAAUCCCUUGAAUGUAAAAACAGCUAUGCCAGCCUUACCAGAAAAAUUGGUUUUUCCAAAAUUAAGUGCAGUGAGCAAAAUGUCCCAUUUAUUUAUCGAUGCUUUAUGAUGUCAGUUUGUGUUUAGUUGGUUAAUGCUUUUCUGACGGGAAAAAAAUGACUGUUAAUUGUAUCUCUUAUGUCUUUAACAUUUCAUUUUUACCAACCAGUCUUUAACCAGAACCAGCCGCGAUCAAAUCCUAAUCAGUGAUGCUCCGUCGUCUGUUGACGCCACCACGUCUGCUAAAGUUUAACUUUACAACUCAGCAUUAUCUGUUAAACAUCGCUGCGCCAAAGAAAACGGCGGAAAAAAAUGUCUCAGACAUGUAUAGUCAAGUUUUUCUGGAGCUCACAGUCUUUUGCAUCAUUGCUGCAUCCUAUUUGCUCAGGAGAUAAUGAGCCCCUCUCUUGUUCCCCACAUAGAGUCCAAUUUUGAAAUCAGAAUUAUCUUCAUGGGUGUCUUGUCUUGUAACCCUUUUUAUCGGUGAGAUCUAGAGGAGAACGUUCCAUGUGUCACUUGUGCUGAGUUUAGGGAAUGUCAAAGUUGUGAAAAACGGAAGCUUCAGGCAAAGUUUCUGAGCAUGUCUUUGCUUUAAUCUGUGCGUAUUUUGUAUGGUUUGUCUUGUGCUAAAUCAAGCUACUACAGUUCAAAAACAGUCAGUUUUCUGCAUUGGCUUUUCAAGUGCAACACCACAACAGUUUUCUAUCUAAAGAUAGGUACUUAUGUGUAGGGAACAAGCUGAACCACGAUGCACAGAGCUUCUGAUAUUUCUGGCCAUAUGUGUGCAAACAUAACAUUUCCAUGAAUGUGAAAAUGCGUCCUUAUUGAUGGUCCUAAUCAUGUACAUUGUCUAGGUUUUUUUUUUUUUUUUUUUUUGCCCUUUUAUGUGCAACUAUGACUGAACCAUAAAGAACAUUACUGCACAAGUUCGUCUAUGUGGAAAGAUUUAUAAAUAUGAAACAAUAACUUCUAAUUAAACAGACUAGUUUUGAUGAAGAAAAACUGCACUAAGCUUUAGAUUAUACAGAUUCCAAAUAAAUAAUAAUACUGAUAAUGUGAUUCAUUUCUUUAAACCUUAUCAGGAGGGGGAAGCGAGUAAAACAUUAUUUUUAGUGUGAACUAAUGAUACCUUUCAAUGUCAAGUCUUUCAAGUCUUAACGUUUGAGACAAGUUAUAGCACAGGCUUACCCUCCUUCCUGUAGCAUUGUCCAGUCAUUUCACUUCCAUGAAGAACGAUUUGUUAGUUUCUGUAAGAGCACAGCAGGUUCCUCACGUAUGGCCAUAUUUUGACUUGAGAUAAUGUUUUAACUAACGGUCCAGACACAGCUCUCUAAUAAUGUUUGAGGGCUCUGAUGAGGAUUACGGUUAGAGUUAAUAUUUGUUUUCUAGUUUGCCAAUCAAGUCAGGUUUUUUUUUUUUUUAAUUGUAAAAUGGAAGUCAUCUUGUAUGUUUCUCUGUAACCCCUUCCCACUUUGUCCCUUUUUGUGAGUAUACAAGAUGUUUGUAAGAUAUGGUAAAGGAUUAUACUUGGGAUGCUUUUGAAUAAAACAUUUUAUUAUAAUGUA